UUGGGCUUUAGGGUUUUUAGUGGAUCGUCUUCGCUGCGCAAAUGGGAGAGCUGCUGGAUCCGUUCGUGAGCAACAUACUGCUGCUGGACGACGAGGGCAAGCGCGUGGCCGUCAAGUACUACAGCGACUAUUGGCCCAACAACGCGGCCAAGCUCGCCUUCGAGAAGUCGGUCUUCACCAAGACGCAGCGCAUGAACGCCCGCCAGGAAGCGGAGAUUGGCUUGUACGAGGGCCAUGUCGUGGUGUUUAAGUUCGUGGCCGACCUCUACUUCUACGUGACUGGCAGGGAGGACGAGAACGAGCUCAUCCUCGCGACUGUUCUUCAAGCGUUUUUCGACGCUGUGUCGAUUCUACUCAGAGGCAAUGUGGACAAGAAGACGGUCCUGGAGAACCUGGAUUUGAUCCUUUUGUGCUUGGACGAGAUUGUCGACGGAGGCACCGUUUUGGAGACUGAUGCCAACAGCAUAGCUUCAAAGGUAGCCAUGCGCGGCGCGGAGUCCGACGUCCCAUUCUCAGAACAGACGUUUUCUCAAGCACUUGCUACAGCCAAGGAACAUCUAACGAGGUCUCUUCUCAAGUGAAUUGUUUCUUCCGAUUGUUUCCAUUAUGGGAUCCAAGCAUUAGUUCGGGUAACUUAAGCUUGCAAGAAUCAAUCGUUCUAUAAAAUAGCCAUUCUUUUUUAUUU